AUGGAACAAGCAAUUUGUGAAGAAGUAUCGUACGGCACAGCAUAUGAUGGUAGUGAUCAGUAUAAUUCUUGCGACGUUAAUGUUCCAUCGCUUAGUGAAGAUGACACACAACAUUUACCCAAUCACACUGAAAUUCUAUUAGAUGAAAUCCCGUACGUUGGAUUGAGAUUUGUUUCCUUGCAGCGGGCACAAGAGUUUUACUCUAAUUAUGCAAAGAAAGUUGGCUUUGUAACUAGGAUUAGGAAUACCAACUUUGACAAGACCAUGAAGGAUUCAAAGAUACCCAUUAACCAAUCGUUACACUGUAGUCGUGAAGGUUAUCGGGAGUCUCGAGUGAAGGCAGCAACUCGGGUAAAGAGAAUAACAACCAGAUGCAAAGCAAAGAUGUACGUCAUGCUUGAUAGGCAGAAGGAUAAUUAG